AUGCUUACUCGGCCGAUCAUACGCGGCCGGAUCGGGAAAUGGACGAUGGCAUUGUCCGAAUUCACCUUCCAAUAUGUAGCCCAGAAAUCGGUCAAAGGCCAGGCAUUGGCCGAUUUCUUGGCCCACCACCCGGUUCAGGGGCAAGAGGGGGAGUUGGAGGUUGAGAUCGGCAUGACCCACAUGGAGAAAAAUUACUGGACCAUGUACUUCGAUGGCUCCAGUACCGAGAUCAGGUCAGGCGAAUCCCCCCAAGGACAAAGGUGGCAAUUUGCGUUCCAACUUGAUUUCAAAUGCACAAAUAAUCAGGCAGAGUACGAGGCACUCAUCAUCGGUCUUGAAAUUCUUAAAGGAAUGAAGGCGACCCGUGUCCUGGUCUACGGUGAUUCUCAACUAGUAAUUAACCAAUUGACCGGGGAAUAUCAGUGCACGAGCGAAAAUUUAACCUUGUACAAUGUAACGGCCCUCAAUACGGUCGACGAAUUUUCUAGGAUCUCCUUCGUUUACGUGCCACGCGCCAAAAACCAUGAGGCCAAUGAGAUGGCCCAGGUAGCGUCAAGUAUGAACAUUCCAAACGGCGACCGUGACCGAGUAAUAAGAAUCGAGAAGCGCAACCUGCCGGCUUUGGCCGAGCGGGGAAUGACAGCGCAGGUAUCAUCGGCCGAGGUUACCAGCGAGGUCGAAGCGGCCGAAACCGACUUGCGCUACCCCAUCGUGAAGUAUCUGCGCGAGCCCUCCGACAACCACGAAAGGACUACUCGCUUCCGAGCUCGAUGUUAUUUAAUUUAUCAGAACGAGCUGUCCCGAAAAGGAUCGGACGGUUUAUUACUCCUAUGCCCCGGCGCCGAAGAUAUCAAGGUUAUCAUGGCCGAAUCCCACAAGGGGAUUUGCGGCGCUCACCAGUCCGGCGUUAAGAUGAGAUGGUUGGUCCGGAGGAACGGCUAUUAUUGGCCAACCAUUUUAAAGAACUGCAUAGAAUAUGCGAAGGAGUGCAUCAAGUGUCAAAUCUACGGCCCCAUACAAAGGGUACCGGCCGACGCCCUCCACCCAGUUACUAAACCUUGGCCGUUCAGGGGAUGGGCCGUGGAUAUCAUCGGCAAAAUCCACCCGGCCGCGUCCAACCAGCACGCCUGGGUUUUAGUAGCAACUGAUUAUUUCACUAAAUGGGUCGAGGCGGAGUCCUAUCAGUCCAUUUCUAGCGCGCAGGUGGUCAGAUUCUUCGAAAAUCACAUCGUCCACAAAUUCGGUAUACCCAAAACCAUCACGGCCGAUAACGGCCCGGUAUUCGCAUCAGCCGAGACUCGAGAAUACGCCGAAAGGAUGGGGAUCAAAUUGGUCCACUUGACGCCCUACUACCCACAAGCUAACGGACAGGCCGAGGCGAGCAACAAGGUAAUCAAGGGUAUCCUUGAGAAGAUGAUUGGGGAAAAACCUAGGGCGUGGCACGACCUACUCCCUGAGGCCCUCUGGGCUUACCGAGUCUCGAAACGAUUAGCUACUGGCACAUCCCCCUAUGCCUUAACCUACGGUCAUGACGCCAUCGUUCCGAUGGAGCUAAAGGUUCAGUCGCUCCGUGUGACCGAACAACAUGGGCAAGAGGAGAAGGACUAUGCGCAGGCCAUGGCUCAGGAGUCAGAAGAUUUGGAGCAAUCCAGGCUUGACGCCUAUAACCUAAUGCAUGCACAAAAGCAGGUCGCAACGAGGUCCUACAACAAGAAACUGAAGCAAAGGACUUUCGCCGAGGGCGACUUGGUGUGGCAUGCCGUACUUCCUAUCGGAACUAAGGACCCUUGGUUCGGCAAAUUCUCACCCAAUUGGGAAGGGCCGUUUAUUAUCGAUCGAAUCCUUGGCCGAAGCGCAUUUUAG